CAAUCAUCAGCACCACCUAGAUUCAUCAUCGUCUAUCUCCAGCUCGGUCUUCAUCUCCUUCGUCUCAAGAUACAGAAAAUUCUCAUUUAGAAAAAAGGAAAGUUUACGACUUUGAUUGACUUCGAUGAAGGGUUUUGUCUGAAUCGUCAUUGAAGAAGAAGACAAUGGGUUGUGCUGGAUCCACACAUUCGCAAGCAGAAGGGUCAGUGAAGAAGAUAAGGAAGCCGAAACUGUGGAAGCAUACUCAACCGAUCACCAAAGCUGAGCUUAUGAAACUGAGAGAAGAGUUUUGGGACACUGCUCCUCACUAUAGCGGUCGGAAAGAGAUAUGGGAUGCACUUCGUGCUGCUGCUGAAGCUGGCAUCUCUCUUGCGCAAACAAUCCUGGAAGCGCAGGAGUCAUUGUUCAGAACAAUGAUCUCACUAUCUGCUAUGAUGAGAGAGGUCAGACGUUCAAAGCUUUUUCCCUUGCCUCAGUGA